AUGGCUGACGUUCGGGUUCCGCGGCCAACCGCGGACAUGCUGGCCGCGCGGCCCUUCACCGGGCUGUGGUUCUCCGCCUCCGAGGAGGAGGCCGCCUUCUGCGACGCCUACACGCGGGGGCGCUUCCGCCUGAUGGACCGCCCCUUCCACGCGGUCGACGUGGCCAUCACGUUGGCCUUCGGCGUCGUGCAGCUGCGCCAGGACGGCCUGACCCUCAACGGCAUCUGGGCGCUGGCCUAUGUCGCGAUCGAGCUGGCGAUCGACUGGGUGUGGGUGGCCUGGGGGGCGGACUCCAGGCCGCGCCUGAGGACCGCGAUGGCGAUCGCCAAGCGCGGCUCGAUCUACGUGUUCGUGGCGCUGCUGGUGGAGAUGUUCUUCAGGGUGACGGUGGCGAACGCCCGGUCGUUUGUUCGCUUCAUGGUGCUGACGACGGGCGUGCUGGACCUGUCGUUCCACAGCUUCGCCGUCCCGCUGCUGGCGAGGCACCACCUGGCGCUACAGGUGCCCACGGUGGCCUUCAUGGUGUUCUACACGCCGGGCCGGGCGUGCUCCGGGGAGACCAUCGCCCCCCAGGGGGCGCCCUACUUCGUGGCGGCGUGGCGGUGGCUUCACGCGCUGUGCACGGGCAGGCUGCACGGCACGCCGGUGCCCCAGCCGCAUGAAUGCUGCCGGGACUUGGUCCUCAUGUCGAUACUGGUGCUGGGGCUGUGCCUGCCCUCCUACGUCCUGUGGGCUUCGGAGUACAGGGCGAGGACGGAGUUCAGCGGCGGCCCGCUGCCGCCGCUGACAUGGGCGACGAUGGCCGUGCACGCGAUGCUGUUUGUGACAUCUGUGUCCUGCCUGUGGGUGGUCCUGCACCCCGAACAGUGA